AUGGGUGUUCGACAGCAAGAAGCAUCUCAAGUACAGUCUGCGUUAUGCGUAAUGUUUGUUGCAUAUAUUUUCUAUGUUCUUGUUUUAAUCAUAUAUAACUAUUCGUUAGUUUCAUAUAAAACUAGUGAAUUAAUAUUGAUUGGUAAAAAACUGUAUACGUUAUUUGAAAAUAAAUCAUAUACAGCUUUUUAUGAUAUUCCAUAUGCCCGACCACCGAUCAACGAACUGAGAUUUAAGCCUCCGAAAUACAUUUCGUUUUUUGAAAAUGGUAUAUAUGACUACAGCAGACCCUGCUGCAAAACGUGUGCAAUUGUUAAUAAUGAAGAUUGUUUAUAUCUGUCUAUAUACUCGCCAAAUAUCGGUAAUAAAACGAAACAAUAUCCAGUUUUAGUAUGGGCUAAUGAAUAUUCCAAUCUUCAUGGGCCUGAUUUUUUUAUAGACGAAAAUAUAAUAGUAGUAACUGUGUCAUUUAGGUUUUCUAUUUUUGGAUUCCUUAAUACAGAAGAUGAUUACGCUGAAGGAAAUAUGGGAGCUAAGGAUAUAUUAAUGGCACUUAAAUGGUUGCGUGAAAACAUUAUGAUUUUUAAUGGUGAUCCGAACAGAGUUACGAUUAUUGGUUCUGGUUUAGCAUCCACUCCGGUUGCAUCAAUGCUAGUCUCAAUAGCUGCAGAUGAUCUGUUCAAAAGAGCUAUAAUUUUAGAUGGCAGUGCACUAUCUCCAGCUGAGUAUAGACACAAUAAUUUAGAGGUUGCACAUAAAUUGUAUCGGAGACUAAAUAGAAAUUUCGAUUUAUUUAAUAUAAAGAAACUUUAUAAAAUUAUAGAUGAUACAUCUUCAGCGGAAUUGGUAUUGGCGAGUAGUAAUCUAUACGAUAGUACGGAGGUAAGGGAUAGUCAAAGAUUGAUUAAUUCUUUUGGUUGUUCAUUAGAAAUGUCGUCUAAAAUGCCAUUUAUGACUCAGUCUCCUGUGGAUGUAUAUAAUGGAAAAAAUAUAAAUAAUAAUAUUCAAGUAAUAUUUGGGUAUACUACUUUGACAAAUUUAUAUAAAUUAAAUGGUCUAGCAAAAAACAGAGAACUUCUAGCAUAUCUUAAUUACAAUUUUCAAUAUUUACUUCCCUUUGAAGGUGAGUGUAACGAAUAUGAUUCAAAACGAUAUCGAGAGAUAAAAAAAGAAAUAUUGGAUUUUUAUUUUUUAAACGGUACUAUUGGAAAACGAAGUUUAAAGCGAUACGCAAAGUAUGUUUCUGAUCAAGAUAUUUAUCCAUUGCUUCGACAAGCUACAUUGCAUAAUCGAUCGUCUGAUAGCGAUGUUUACUUGUAUAGAUUUGCUUUCAAAGGAUCUUUAAAUACUGGUUGGCGAUCAUCGGUGCCGAAUUUGGAAUGGACUGGAGCAACGUUAGGAGAUGAAACGUGUUAUCUAUUCAAAUGCAAAUCAGAAACAGAUGUCUAUAAAAGCCUUAAAUGCAAUGAAAGGCACUUCAUUAAGAAAAUUGUAAGGCUUUUAGCAAACUUUGUAAAACACGGAAACCCCACUCCGAAUCCUAGAGACAAUAUUCUGGAUACUUUACAAUGGAUGCCGUUGGGAAGAAAUGAAAAUUUGCAAGCGAUGAAUUUUGGUCAACAUUUGAGGAUGGUUGACGUGCCUGAGGAGAAGAGAAAACAUUUUUGGGACCGACUAAUGAAAGAGUAUUUCCAUGAUUAAUGAAGAUUUUUUAUAUAUAUUCAGGACUAUUUCCUCGCCCGAGUCUCAGUACUCAGCGCAUCAACAAGUGACGCUGUUAUGGCCAGUAUGUCGGUCUACGAUUAAUAAACACUUAA